AAGAAAGUUGAAAACUUCUCUGGAUUUCCCGCCCGAUUUCGCUUAUAAAAACUCGUGCAGAGUUCACAGAUUUCGUUGCGUGGUUUGACGAUUGGAGUUGGUUGCAGCAGAAGUACGAGAAUACUGUAUACCAAAAUGACGUCUUUUGUACCUGUGCUUUUGGCGGUCCUGCUUUCUGUGGUAGUCUCGGGUUGGAAAAACGACUUCGAUCAGCCAGUCGACUUCAAAUGUCCUUCAGACCUGUCCUUCAUUAGUCGUUUUGAGUCAACACACAGCAACCAAAAAGAAGAUAGGCGCUUCAACUUUGACUGCAGACAAGUCCCGGCCGUCAGCGGAUCGGUGACCUGCAGUUGGUCUGGCUAUGUCAACAAAUAUGAUGCCAUGAUUCUCUACACCUGUCCAAACCAAGGCUAUUUAAGCGGCAUGCAUAGUAUUCACAGCAAUAAUUAUGAAGACAGAAGAUUCAAGUUUAGGUGUUGUUCUCCUCCAUCAGGACUUGACUUCAAAAAUUGCCACUGGACCGGAUAUUUGAACGGCUGGGAUUCUUAUGUCAACUACCAUGUUCCAUAUGGUUACGUCAUCAGAGGUGUGUUCAGCAUUCACGACAACGGCAAGGAGGACAGGCGAUUCAGGUUCGAGAUUUGCCGAUCUGUAUAGCUCUGGUGCAAAGCCUACCCAGGUCCAGAUACCUUACUUUGGUGUAACAUGUUUUGUCACAAUAAAAGUUUUUGCUAUGGAAA